AUGAAGGCUCAUCGAGUUGCUCACAAGUUGUGGACUGAAUGGCAUAGGCAGCUCACUCUUGCUUUACACUCGCGAAUAGCUGAUGUUUUUGCUGUGGAUAUACAUCCAGCUGCAAAGAUAGGGAAGGGGAUUUUGUUUGAUCAUGCAACUGGUGUUGUGAUUGGUGAAACGCCAGUGAUAGGGAAUAAUGUGUCGAUUUUGCAUCAUGUCACACUUGGCGGAACAGGAAAGGCGUGUGGCGAUCGACAUCCGAAGAUUGGAGACGGAGUAUUGACUGGAGCUGGUGCGACAAUUUUAGGCAAUGUAAAGAUUGGGGAAAGUGCAAAGAUUUUUGCUGGCUCGGUUGUGCUGAUUGAUGUCCCCGCUAGAACUACGGCAGUUGGAAACCUGGCUAAGUUGGUGGGUGGAAAGGAAACACCUGCGAAGCAUGAGGAAUGUCCCGGAGAAUCAAUGGAUCAUACUUCUUUUAUCUCAGAAUGGUCAGAUUAUAUUAUUUUAUGCGAUAUUUUAUCUUAUAUCUAA